AUGGACAUAAUCGAAAACAAAUACUUUACCAUGAAUUUAAUAAGUGUGUUUGCGGUCACUGAUGCAGAGCUCACCCAAACGGACUUGGUGGUUCAUGAAAUUGACACAGGAGACCACAAGCCCAUAAGACAGAAAACCAGGCCAGUACCCAUAGCAGCGCGGAAGGAAUUUAAAGGAGUCCUCAAAGACUUGGUGGAACGCGGCAUCGUGGAAAGAAGCUCUUCUGACUGGGCUUCUCCAGUAGUUCUCGUAAAGAAAAAGGAUGGCACACUCAGAGUCUGUGGUUGA